CAGAAGUAAUAUUUUCGUUCAUCUUCCCGCGGUAUUACGUGAAGGAAUUCAGUGGAUGGAGGAAUUUAAGGAAUUCAGGUGUGGUUGUGGUAACACUGAAAGCGUCGUUAACGCUCGUCGAUUGUUUACUGUUUUGCUGUGUCUUGAUAGAUUCCUCCGGAGCCCGGAAUCUCAUCUGAAAGUCACGAAGUAAGCGUAUAUUAUUAUAUGACCUAAGUGUUUAUUCAGGUUUGAUUUUUUAUUGUUUGGUAUGUCUGACAUUAUCUCAGUGCGGGAAAAUGGUCCUCUUUAAUGAAAAUUGAAUUUUUCAUCCAAUAUUUGGAAAAACUUGUGAACAUGUCGGAAGUGCGAAAGAGACAUUUGGAUGUCACCGACACCUCUGACAAAACGAACGAAACUGAAAGCGAUCAGAAGGAAGAUAUCGAUUCAGAAGAUGACAAAACCCCCGAAGAAAAGUAUGUUGAUGAGAUUGCCAAAGCAAUUCCCCAAGGAACUGAUAAAACUCCUGAAGUUUUAGACACAGCUUUGAAAGGCUUCUCCGCAAGAUGGCGAAACUGGAUAAUACGUGGUAUUUUCACAUGGUUAAUGAUUGGUGGAUUUGGAUUAUUAAUUUAUGGUGGGCCUUUAGCUCUAAUGGUUACAACUCUUGUUGUUCAAGUCAAGUGUUUUGAAGAGAUUAUAAAUAUUGGCUAUGCUGUUUAUCGGAUUCAUGGUUUACCAUAUUUUCGAUCUUUGUCGUGGUAUUUUCUUAUUGCAUCCAAUUAUUUCUUCUAUGGAGAAAGUCUUGUUGAUUACUUCGGUGUUGUCAUUAGCCGUACGGAUUAUCUUCGUGUACUGAUCACGUAUCACCGAUUUAUAUCAUUCUGCCUGUAUUUGGUGGGUUUUAUUUGGUUUGUACUUUCUCUGGUCAAAAAGUACUACAUGAAGCAGUUUUCUCUGUUUGCUUGGACACAUGUAGCUCUCUUGAUUGUGGUUACUCAGAGCUACCUUAUUAUACAGAAUAUCUUUGAGGGACUUAUUUGGUUUAUUGUUCCAGUUUCAAUGAUAGUUUGCAAUGAUGUCAUGGCGUAUGUGUUUGGCUUUUUCUUUGGCCGAACUCCUCUUAUACAGCUGUCACCAAAGAAAACCUGGGAAGGUUUUGUUGGAGGAGGAAUAUCAACAGUUAUUUUUGGAUUGAUGAUAUCCUACUUAAUGUGUCAAUAUCGCUAUUUUGUUUGCCCAAUUGAAUACAGCGAAACACUUGGUCAGAUGACCAUGGAAUGUGAACCUUCUCAGCUGUUUCGACCACAAGAGUACACAUUGCCUGAAUCUCUUUCAGGCCUUCUCCAAUUGUUGGGAAUGAAAAGCACAGUUACUUUGUAUCCAUUCCUCCUGCAUUCACUAUCUAUGUCCAUCUUCAGCUCAGUUAUUGGACCGUUUGGAGGAUUUUUUGCUAGUGGCUUUAAACGUGCUUUCAAGAUAAAGGAUUUUGGAGACGUAAUUCCUGGUCAUGGUGGAAUUAUGGAUAGAUUUGAUUGCCAGUACCUGAUGGCUACAUUUGUUAAUGUAUACAUUUCAAGCUUUAUUCACACAGCAUCUCCCCAGAAAUUGCUGCAGCAGGUAUUCAGCUUGAAACCAGAACAGCAGUUACAGUUGUUUCACACCCUAAAGGAUACACUAGAAAAUCGCGGUAUUUUAAACCUUACUUAAGUGUUUCAUGAAAUAUUUGGGUAUUAAUCACCACAUUAUUGGAUUUUCUCAUGCAUUGCAAUCUCUUUUGUAUAGAGUAUGAUUCAUUUUAUGUUAGCACUUUGUGUAAUCCAUUUGUGGUUUCUCAAAAAAAUAUGUCCUCCAUUUUGAUACUAAUUAUUUAUCAAAAAAAUUUGCUACGAUGUCAGUCUCAUUUUUAAUCACCCUCUCAGGUGUCACUAAUUUUUAUUAUUUUUUGUGUGCAAGGCAUACAAAAAUAUCUAGUAUUGUGUUUGUUCUUAUCUUAAAUGUAUUUAUUAAAUGUGGUUGAGUGACUGACAAAUCUUUCAUUCUCUGUUGGACAUUGCAUUUUAAUCUUCAGCAUAAACAAUUUUUUUUUUCUGAAGUUUAAUGAAUAGCUUGUAGAAUGAAGUCCAUUUCAGGAUAAACAUGGUGAUAUGCAAUUUUGUGGUUUACAUUUAAUUAGGAUGGUUGUGACAUUUUAUUAGAGCUAUGUCAUUUGGUUACUAUGUGUUUAAUUAUUUUCUCACCGCACAUGUCUGAAUUUGUAUUUUUUUAUUAUAUGAACUAAUGUUUCCACACUCCAGGUUUCACAAUUGACAUUAUUUGUUCCCGAUAACAUUUUUAUAAUUCCCUGCAAUUGAAUUAUAGGGGCUGCACAUUUCAUCUAGUGUAAAAUGUUGGAUGUUCUGUAGCAUAAAAAUCAUAAUGUAUUAAUUUGUGGUGAAAUUCAAUGGUCCAUAUAUAUCCCAUUGAAAAGUAUAAAUAGUAUUCCUAUGAAAAUAGGAUAUACCAACAUAUGUUGCAAAUUUGCUAAGUAAGUUUUAAAAACUUGAAUGUGCUAUUUAAGUGAACAAUAUGGUCUAAGUAGAAAUCUCUGUGGACCGUAUUCUCAAAAUAUUAGAAUGGUAAUUUCUAUUUUGGAAAGUCCAAUUUAGAAUGCUUCAUACUUUCAGCAUUCCCCUGCAGUGAUUUCAAUGUCAGUAUUCUGAAAGAAAUGUCUUACUAAUCCAAAUAAUUGAUUGUAUUGUUAUUUAUAAAGUAAUAUAUAUAUAUAUUUGAAAUGCAUUCAAACGUAAUGCAUUUGUAUUGUGUUAUUUGUGUAUUUUUUCUGUGUAAUCUGUCCUAAGUCCAAUAUCUGUGCAAUAGAAAAAUAGUAUAUUAUGUCAAAGGUUAAAGCCAAUAAUGUAUUUUUAAUGUGUUUCAAUAGUAAACUACAUGUGGUGUAUGUAGCUUUGAGUCCUCUAUGUUGUAUUGUGUGGAAAAGAUGUGGAAACACAGUCUUGUCUGAGAAACUGCUAUGAUUUAAGUGUAAUGCCAAAAGAAAAUUUAGAGUAGAAAACUAAUUUCCUGUUGGUUGUGCUAUAAAAAUCUUCUCAAAUAAUGUUGUAUUUAUUUUGACAUUCUUCUAGGAAAUAUUUAUAUAAAGACAAGAGGCUUUACGCAUUGCCUUUCAUUGAUCAUUUAAUAUAAUGGCAGAUCUAUCUGCUUGCUAUUAUGGUUGCAAGUUAAAAACAUUGAUUUCAAAACUUUUUGACAUGCUACUUUUUAUAUCUGUUCUCUCUGUCCCUCUCAUUCCUAAUUUCAAAACAAAGCAUAAUAUAACGAAGAAACUAAUAAAAUGUGGAAGGAACAGUUUUAACGGAAUCACUUGUAAAACUGUCAUGGUUACUGUUACACUUUUGAGAGAGAAAAAAUAGUAUAUUAUAGAAUCCUUUAUUAAUUGCAUUAUUACCUGCAACUGGGUUUGUGAUAUAAAUUGUAUAGUCACCGGACAAAAUGUCUUUGAUUGUAUUCCUGAAUGGGACAAAAAUCUGGAAAUGUCGCAGUAUUCCAUUGAUUUAGUGUGAAAUGGAAGGUAUUUAUAUGUUAGUAAAAAAUAUUUUUUAUUUGCUGGUGUUUAUUCAUAAAAAUUGUGUAUGAUGCUUCUCGGCAUGUACUUAAUAUUUUCACAAGUACAUUUCAAUCUUUUAUGAUUAUGCUGAAUGACUGCAUAAAUUUUUAUUUGCAAUCCGAUUUUCUCAUCGUGGGUCUGUUGUGUGAGAGAGGAUUGUUUAACAAUUAAUAUCAGAGGCAAUUCUGUGUCAUUAAUAAUCCAGAAAUUUUUCAUCCCAUUUUUACAUGAUGACUGUUACAUAAAAGAAAACUGUCAUAUAUGUAUCUCAAUAUUAUUUUGUGAAAAUAUAGAAUUUUACGUUCAAUUUGUAUUUGUUGUAAGUAGAUUUGUGUUCAGUAACUUACAAAUAUUGUUAAUUUGUAAAUUACAAAUAUUGUUUAUAAACUUGUGCAUUUGAUGUAAGGAGUCAGAUAAAUUUUUGUUUUGUAAAUCACAUCCACAGGGUAUGAAAGGUCUGCACUGUUAUUUGCCAAUAUGUUUAAGGUUUUUACAAUUAUACCCAAUAUUAUGGUUCUUCAUGAACUUUAAUCCCAAACUUUGAACAUCAGAGCUCCAGAAAGUUUAUUCUGCCCAUUUCAUGUAAAUGGCAGCUGAGUGAAAAUUGUUUCUAAUGUUUGAGGAACUCAUUUCACAUAAAGUAUGUAAUUAAAAGUUAUUCCAGCAGGAGAUCUAAUAUAAAUAUAUGUUUGUGUCAUAUAUAUAUGUCUUCAUUGUAUAUAUAAUCUUGAGUGAAAUAUGUAAAUGUUGAUAAUUGAUAUUCUUUAUUGUUUUGUUGCUUUGUUAAAAACCAGUGUGUUUCUAAGGAGAGAAAAAUAGUUAAUGAAUUGAAGAACAAUUACAAUCAGUGUUUUAAUUUAUGAAUAUAUUGUUACUUUGAGAAAAUUGUUAUAUACCUCACAGUAUCUAUAUAAUAAAAAGACUGUAG